AUGAAAACUGAUCCUAAGUUAAUGAUGCAAUUAAUUGAUGAUUAAGAUAAACAAGAAAAGCCUUAAAAGCAUAGUAUGGCUGAAGCAUAUGAAAAAAGAAUGCUUAAAAUUAUUCAAAGACAAGAACUGCAAAUAAAACAAGGCUCUAAGUUUAGUAUGUAUGAUAAAUAGCCUUAAAAGUUUAUUGCUGCAAGCUUCAACAAUAGCAUUUUAAAUGGACAAGCAAGCGCUUUAUCAAAGAGGGCGAAAUCUUAAAGCAAAAACAAGCAUUUUAAUUCUUAAGCUACAACAAAUUAUCUGUCGGAGCAUAAAUUUUCCAUGUUUUAGCAUCAGAGUGUAUUCGAUAAUUUUCACAAUGAAACAUUCGUUUUCAAUUCUAAUAAUGUAACUACUUAGAAUCAAGUGAGUCAAUUAGAUAUAAGAAUCAAAGAUAUCAAAUAGAAUUCAAAAGAAUAUGAUAAUCGUAGAGCUUAGACACAGCUUUCUAUGAUAUCCUAAGAUUACUUAAAUCAAGAGCCAGUGAUAGCAACUCAAAAUUAAUCAUCAUUAAGUAAGUUACUAAUGAAAUCAAAUACUAGAAACACUUUUCAAGAUAAAUAUGACAAGAGCAAUUACGUAUCCUCAAAGAUUUUGCCAAUCGUUGAUAAUAAUUACCAAGAAGAUAAUUAUCAACAGACAUAAACAAAGAUCUUCGGCAGAAAUAACAUGAUGCUUCUUAAUUAAAAGAACUCAAUCUAAGAUUUGAUUUCACAGAAAGGGGAAAGAGAUCUUUUGAAAUCAGUGAUAAAGAAAGUAAGUGGAGGGCAAAACGUUUACAGCGGCUUCAUUGAUGAUUAUAACAUAGGUUCUUAAAGAGACAGUAAAUUCAAAAGAUAUUUAACAUCCAGUCUUAAAAAAUAAAAUCUUUCUAAAUCAUCUCUCUCUUCUUACAAAGUUUAAAAUUAAUCAGAGUCAGGUGUCAAUAAUCUUGAGAAACAGCACUAUCUUGAUACAAAUAUGCUUUUGAACAUUAACUAAGAUAAAAUAAAUAUUGAUAAGUAAUUUGAAGAUGAUGAUGACCACCACAUUGUAAACAACCUAGAUGAGUCAGAGUUUCUUGAAGAUAUGAAAGAAUUUGAAAAUGACAAAGAACUUGAAUUCCCUACUAUGUACAAAUAUGGACUCAGAUUAGAGUGGAGCCACUGCUAUCUAUAUAAAAAAUGCUAAAAAGAGCGAUCUGAAUUCAAUAUGCAUAAGAACCAUAAACUAUUUUAAUAAUCCGAGGUAUUAGCAGCAAUAUAAAUCAUUUAAGAAAGAUAGAGGGAUUUCAAGGACUUCCUCCUACUAGAACCCUAUUUCUUAAAGUCUGUAAAUACUUUGAGAGAGCUCAUAUUCAAAGAGCUAGAAUUUAAUGGACUGUAUGUUAGAUAUAUUAAAAGAUAUGGCUUGGUAACUCUAAAGAAUACUUAGAAAUUAUUACUACUAUGCAAGAGAUUUUUCGAGUUGAGAUUGCAUUUUAUUGAGGUAUUCAGUAGUCUUGCUAGGAAAAAGGUUCAAUAUCGAGCUUUUAAAAUGAAAAUCAAGGCUGCUGGAAAAUAAAUUGAAUAGACUGAUGAUGAAGAUGAAAUAUUAGAUUUGGGAACAGAGACAGUGAAGAACUGCACUAAUGCUUUGCUUAAUAUAUAGUAGAUUAGAAAGAAGUCAAAGUUAUUUAAUUCAGAAUUUAUAUUUGAAGAUGAGGAUCAAGUAAAGCUAUUGAGAAGAGAGUGUAAUGAAGUCAGAUAGAUUUUAUUUGUAUUUGGCAUCGAGAUUUAAUGUGAAGACUCUCCUCCUCAAAUACUAGAAUAAAAACCAUGA